CCCGCAACUCCGUUACUAUUCUGAUUUCCAGUUCGCGUUUGUUGCCCGUGAAGGAUGCCUUCUGCCAACCCUAAACUAGAAAAACAGGCCUCUACGGAGACCGUAGAACCUAUACGCCAAGCAAUUAUCGUUAUCGAGCAUAAGAUACGGAAUCUUGAAAAGCGUAAGGGAAAAUUAGAAUCAUAUAGGGAUCUGCAGAAGAAUGGAAGGGAACUAAAUGCAGAUCAGAAAACAGCAGUAGCCAAAUAUGACGAGGUGUUACAAACGUUGGAUAUUACGAAGGAACUGUAUAAGCAAAUUGUUGGAAUUGCACAUGAUGCGGUCAAACAGCAAAAAAAGUUGGCAAGGAAGGAAGCUAUUGAAAGAAUGCAACAAGAUAUUGCAAAGGUGAGAGAAGUUCUUCUUAUACAAGAUGCACUAAUGAACAUGGGUACAGAAUCUGUUAGAGAAGAUUUUCUUGCUGGGAAAAAUGGAGCUGUAAAAUUAUCAGAAGAGGAUUUAAAAUAUUUAGACAGCUUGUAUAAUGAAGUUAUGAUGAAACAUCAUAGAGAAGAAAGUGAACCAACAUUCCUUCAACAAGUGCAGAAAGUAGCAGAACAUUAUGUAGCCAUUGUUGAUGGAAAACAAAGAGAGGUUGUUGGUACAACUUAUAACAAACUAAAGGAAAUUAUUACUUCCAUUAAUCAGUGUGGCUAUUUUGAUCAAGUUCAUGAAACUGAAGCUGUAGUAGAAGAAGUUACAGAGGCAGUUGCAGAAACACAAAUAUCUGAAACACCUGUGCAAGAUCAAGUCAAUGAAGAAUAUAAUACCAAUGACAGACACAUUCCACCUGAAUCCAUGAUUCCAAUUCCUAACUUCCCAGUACAAGUCGCUCCGCUCCCUGUUGUUUCUGGCACUACACCAGUUUCUGGUCCCAUUCCUGUAGUUGCACAACCCAUUCCACAUCCAGCUGCACCAGUUGAAACAUCUUACUACACAAAUGCAACAGGAUUUGUUCCACAACCGCAACCACAACAAGCCCAACAAGCUCAACAACAACCACCACAAGCUCCUAGAAUUAAUGACGUUAUAGGCACACCAAAUUUCUUUUUCUUGCAAGAAUCCGAACUUGAUUCACCAGAUGUUACAUCACAAGCACCGAUUGUUUCACACAUUCCUGCUGCUGUUAACACACCUAUUCCUUCGCAGACAUUUACAAAUCAAAACUUUGCAAAUGCACCGGUAGUAGCACAGCCAGUCAUAUAUCAACAUCAACCACCACAGGAUAUGUCCCACAUUCCUGGAUUUGCUAAUCCUAACCCACCUCCACCUAUUCCAAUGCCACCCUCUCAUCAGCAACCAAAUAUGCAGUACAGUCCUCAGCAUCCUACUAAUUUUCAACAGCAACCCCAACAACAGCAGCAGCAACAACCACAGCAACAAGCUCCUUCACAACAGAUAACACAACAAGCGCAAAACCAGAAUUUUGAGCAUCAACAAGAAAGCCAACAACAAUCUGCUGAAGAAAAAGUUGAAGAAAAUCAAGAUGAAACAACAACAGCACCAGAAUCAGAAAUUGAACAACCUACUGAAUCUGUUGAUUGGUGCCAGAUGGCUGAAACUAACGAUUGGAAUCAGACAGAUCAAUCACAACAAUCUGCUCAAGAUUCACAACAGACACAACAACAAACAUCUCAGCAAACUUGGGGUGAUCAACAACGUAGUGGAUAUAGAGGUAGAGGUGGAAGAAGAGGCAAUUCUAAUGGUUACAAUGGAAGAGGUAGGGGCGGUUAUCAACAAAAUGGACGCGGAGGACAAGGAACAUACUAUCGUAAUGAUAGCAACUAUCAAAAUGGUUAUCAACAACGAUCUUGGGGAAAUAGCGAGGGAAAUAGCGGUUAUAAUUCUGGUUAUAAAAGAGGUGGUGGCGGAUCAAGAGGUGGAGGUCCACGAGGUGAGCGUGGUAUGGAUAGAGGUGGUCGAGGACAGUUUCGCGGCCAAAGGGGUGGGAAUCGUGGCGGUUAUGCGCCUCGUGGUAAACCCCAUACGCAGCAGUAAUAAAAAUGCGAUAGAAUAAUACACAGUGAAACAAAUAAUGUUGUAAGAUCAUAAUUCAAUUGUCUAUUUACGAAAAAACCUAAGUCGUAUCCUUAAUACGUACAAAUACUUUGAAAAAAUAAUGCACCGAAUCGUAUACACGAAUUUUAGUAUGUAAAGUAGCAAUUUCAACGUUCCAGAUCAUUAUUUGAUAGACCUUGUAAAUGAUUAAUUAAUUAUAUUCAUACAUAUUAAGUAAAUAAUAUUAAGUAAAAAUAUUGAUACUUAUAUAAGUUUACAUUUUUAAAAUAUUGCAUUUAAUUGAUGUGAUAAGAAAGAUUGAUUUUGGGAAAAAGAUAUUUUGGUACAUUUGUUUGCGGCUUAGGAUAUUUCCUAAAUGAGACAUUGAAUACAAAAAUUUUGCAUUUGAAUUUGGUAUCCACAAUUAUCAAAAGAAAGAUCUAUUAACAUUAAUGAAAAAGUUAUGCAGACGUAACAUUGUGAUAUAAGAAAAGAUCAACCAAAUUUAGAAGCGUGAACCCACCAUGCAAGUAUUAUUGUGUUGUGACAGAAGGCAGUUUUCACAGGGCAACAACAGCUGAUCAACAAAGAUUAGAAAAAUAAUUUUAUUAUAAAAAAUAUAAAAAAAAUGAGAACUCAUACAAGCAUUUCACGCAAAGACACAAGGAUGUAUUUAACGAAUAACGUUAAAAUGAUUACACAAAUAGAUGAACUGCACGACCAUCUCUUUGUCUUGCGGCGCAUCGUUCUAGAGAAUUUUUUAAGAUACCAGAAAAAAGAGGAUACAGUGAGCAAUGCCUUCUAGUGCUAUAUAUCUUCUUGACUUCAUAUUCCAUUUUCGGUCUAUGAAUCUGUGAAGUAUUUAGAAAGUUAAAGUUGUCGAGAUUUAGUAGUUGGGAAAAUGAAAGAUUAACGUAAUACAUGAAUACACAAAAAUGUUUUUCAUGAAACGUGUUUCAUGAUUGCUACUAAUUACGUCGCUCCCUCUUCUGUUUUUUCUGUGUGAUUCCAAAAUUCUAUACGGUCGCCUACGCAGCUGGCCAAGUAAAAGAGAUUGCAGUGCAAUGUCAAGUUUAUGAAGCAACAUUACCUGAUUUUUUUAUCGCAAAAUAUAUAUGAUUAUUUUUAAAAAUAAAAAAAAGCGAUAGUGCGGAGCUUUAGCAUGUAAGUUGAGUGUACAAUUACUGACUAGAGGCAAAGAAAGCGCAUUUGAAGAGUGCGCUAUUGACAAAAGCCACGCUCACACCGCCAAACACGUGAUGAGGAGUACCGUAUUGUAUUUCGUUUGUAUAUUUGUGUUUAAUCACCUCCAUCUACAGUUAUGUUCAACUAUCCUAUGAAUACCUAUGUAUCUUCCAAAUAAAGAUCUAAUUCAACCCUGCUAACUAGCCUACCUAUCGUACUCAUUGUCAACAUGAGAAUCGUUUCAUUCUUCAGCUUGUUCUCAAAUAAAAAAAUCGAAUAAAGUAUUUGAUUAAUCAUA